AUGUGUUGGUCGCCAAGUGGGCAAGCACCGGUUUGGCAGAAGAGGCACUGGGGCUGGCAUGUGAAACUGGGUAGUCGGGAGGAUCAUGCCUGCGAGACGUCGGGAAAACUGCCAAGUCACAGUUCGAUGCUGAAGGGUCGCCCUGACGAUGAGUUGAGGCAGGUUGGGAAAACAUGUUCACACCAAGUCAGAGAGUUGGGCAGGCCCGGGAUGGGUGUCAACUGUGGGCCAGUUAUUGGGGCGCACUACCACUUCCCUGGUCCACAGUCUCCCUCGCGUCGGUCGCAGGCACGCCAGAAACGGGAAGGCAUCCAUUUGUCGGGUCUCCUGGUCGGCGCCUCAGAGACUGGCUCCGAUUCCGGCGCCUCGCAGCCCUGGCAACCGGCCGAGCAGACAGAGGCCGAUUUCGGAUGGGUGUAUGACGCCGUCUUUGGCAACUCGACCCGGUCCUGCGUCUCGGAUGCGACCGCCAUCUGGGCCCACGUGUCGGGGGCGCGUUCGCUCGCCGAUUUCUGCGAUGACGACGAUGACGACGACGACGACGAUGACGCCGACGCAGGGGAGCUCGUCUGCCUCGGCGAGCCGUCGUGGGGCACUCGCUGCAGCCUGACCGACCCCUUUCGAGGCUCGGUCAACGGGACUUCGGUGGUGGACAACGAGCCGGUGAAGAUGCGCCCGGGCGCCGAGACGCGAUAUCGGCACCGGUCACGGUCACAUCGCCAGACCAGGCCCACCGGCAUCCCAAGGCAUUGGAGCGAUCAGGGACCUUGGACCAUUCCGGACAUCCGGCUUUCCAUCACCAUCCGCCUCUCCUCACAGCCUCCCACGGACGCUGGCCUUCAGGUGCCGAGGUUGGUCGACCCGGUGCCUUCACGCCCAGCGCAGAAGGCGGGCAAGACCUGGAAGAGCAGCAGAAUGGCGAAACGGCCCUCAGAUGCUGAGAUGAGUGUCUGUGAGGUCGCCCUCGUCUGCAAUCGUAAGCCACCUCAGACGUAUCCAAUGCUUGAUUUCCACUCCGCACCCCGUGACUGGGCCAAUCUAAAGUGUCCAAAUGUCUGCCUCCUCAGCUUUGUGCUGUGA